CGUACUCCAGCUUGUUAUGAUUUUACUUGACUCGUAAAAUUAUUCAAUACUGCAUUAGAAUGAUUGAAAUUAAGCUUUAAAAUUACGGUAAUCUUAAAAUUAAAUGAGAAUAAAUGCAAGUAACCUAAAAAUGUCAAAGCUACCUAAAAGUGCACUGAGUUUAAAGCAGUUUAUGCUCCGCCAAGAAGUGCUGAAGCUAUACCGAACCAUCUUCCGUACGAUCCGCCAAGUGCCAGAUGAGUCUAGCCGACAGGAACUACGCCAGUGGGCCCGUUCCGACUUCCGAGCCAACAAGCACCAAACGGAGGAACUGGCCAUCAAGAUGCUGAUGCAGCACGCCAACCGAUCCCUCAAGGAACUCCAAACCAGUCUGGGAUUGAGUGGGGUCUCUUCGACGGUUGGGAAUGGAACUUCUAGCAAAAGUGGAUGCAAAGCUGCUUAAAACAGUUUUGAAGGGCUUUCGAAAGUCAUGUAGUUAGAGACUUAGAUCCUGUUUUGCGUUUGACUUCAGGUGCUCAUUCUUUUUGAGCUUUGUUGUAUUGAAUAGUUGUUUUAUAAAGUUAAGUAAGUUGAUGAUACGUGAAUAAAUAACAUACCUUUGUGCUGAGAAGGACCAUUAA